AGGGGAGCGGCGGCCGGGCGUGCGGCCGAGGGAGGGGCGGCGGCGCGAGCGGCGGCGGCGGCGGUUCCAGCAUGAAGAGGAGAGCUGGCCUGGGGGGCAGCAUGAGGUCAGUGGUGGGCUUCUUGUCCCAGCGGGGCUUGCAUGGGGACCCCCUGCUCACUCAGGACUUUCAGAGGAGACGCCUGCGGGGCUGCAGAAACCUCUACAAGAAGGACCUCCUCGGCCACUUCGGCUGUGUCAAUGCCAUUGAAUUCUCCAACAAUGGAGGCCAGUGGCUGGUCUCAGGAGGAGAUGACCGCCGAGUUCUGCUGUGGCACAUGGAACAAGCUAUCCAUUCCAGGGUCAGUCCCAUACAGCUGAAGGGAGAGCACCAUUCCAACAUUUUCUGCCUUGCUUUCAACAGUGGCAACACCAAAGUCUUCUCUGGAGGAAAUGAUGAGCAAGUUAUCCUCCAUGAUGUUGAAAGCAGUGAGACCCUGGAUGUGUUUGCUCAUGAAGAUGCAGUGUAUGGCUUAUCGGUGAGCCCAGUGAAUGACAACAUUUUUGCUAGCUCUUCAGAUGAUGGCCGGGUUCUCAUUUGGGACAUCCGGGAAUCUCCCCAUGGAGAGCCCUUCUGCCUGGCAAAUUAUCCAUCAGCCUUUCACAGUGUCAUGUUUAACCCUGUGGAGCCCAGGUUAUUGGCCACAGCCAAUUCAAAGGAAGGCGUGGGACUAUGGGACAUUAGAAAACCUCAGAGUUCUCUCCUGCGCUAUGGUGGCAACCUAUCUCUCCAGAGUGCCAUGAGUGUGCGAUUCAACAGCAAUGGGACCCAACUCCUGGCCCUGCGGCGGCGCCUGCCCCCUGUCCUCUAUGACAUCCACUCCCGCCUGCCAGUGUUCCAGUUUGACAAUCAGGGUUACUUCAACUCAUGCACCAUGAAGAGCUGCUGUUUUGCAGGGGAUCGUGACCAGUAUAUCCUCUCAGGCUCUGAUGACUUCAACCUGUACAUGUGGAAGAUUCCUGCAGAUCCAGAAGCAGGUGGCAUUGGCAGAGUGGUCAAUGGAGCCUUCAUGGUGCUGAAAGGGCAUCGGUCCAUUGUUAACCAGGUCCGGUUUAACCCCCACACAUACAUGAUCUGCUCUUCUGGUGUAGAAAAGAUUAUCAAGAUCUGGAGUCCAUACAAGCAGCCAGGAUGUACAGGAGACCUCGACGGUCGGAUUGAAGAUGAUUCCCGCUGCCUCUACACCCAUGAAGAGUAUAUCAGCCUUGUACUGAACAGCGGAAGUGGCCUGUCCCACGACUAUGCUAACCAGUCGGUCCAGGAAGACCCCCGGAUGAUGGCUUUCUUUGACUCUUUGGUGCGCCGCGAGAUCGAGGGCUGGAGUUCCGACUCAGACAGUGACCUCAGCGAGAGCACCAUCCUUCAGCUGCACGCAGGGGUCAGUGAGCGCUCGGGCUACACUGACUCAGAGUCCUCAGCCUCACUGCCCCGUUCCCCACCUCCCACAGUAGACGAGUCUGCCGACAAUGCCUUCCACCUGGGACCCCUGCGAGUCACCUCCACAAAUGCCGUGGUGUCAACCCCAGCAACGCCAACGUGUGAGGAUGCGGCAUCUCGCCAGCAGCGCCUAUCUGCUCUGCGUCGCUACCAGGACAAGCGCCUCCUGGCCCUGUCCAAUGAGUCUGAUUCUGAAGAGAAUGCCUGUGAGGCUGAACUGGACACAGAUCUCUUCCCUCGGCCGAGGUCGCCCAGCCCCGAGGAUGGAUCCAGCAGCUCCAGCAGCUCCAGUAGCUCGGAGGAAGAAGAGGAACUGAACCAACGCCGAUCCACCACUCGGCAGCGAAACGCCAUGCGGAGGCGGCAUAAAACAGCCCGGGAAGAGCGGCCCAACGCUCCAGUCAAGCCCACCAACACCUACAUUGGAGAGGACAAUUAUGACUACCCCCAGAUCAAGGUGGAUGACCUCUCCUCCUCCCCAAACUCCUCCCCUGAGCGGAGUACUUCCAAUCUGGAUAUCCAGCCAAGCCGGACCCCACCAACUGCCAAUAUGGAAUCAGUAGAGCGAAAGAUUUAUAAAGCUUACAAGUGGCUCCGCUACUCCUACAUCUCUUACUCGAAUAACAAAGAUGGAGAAACUUCCUUAGUGGCAGAGGAGGCAGAUGAAGGGAGAGCAGGAACCAGCCCCAGAGACAACCCAACCCCUUCUUCCAGUAAGGAAGCCUGCCCAACCCAGAGAGACCAGGACCUGCCCCCUGAAGGCUGCAGCAAAGAUGCUUGUAAAGAAGGGACUUCCGCCAGGAAUCCCAGCGGUGGCACAAGCCACGAGCAGAGCAGCCAUCCUUGGGCAGAGGUGCCAGAGGGCACCUCUCAGGACACUAGCAGUAACAGCCCUCUAGAACACUCUUUUGAAACCAAGAAGCUCAAUGGAAAGGCCCUGAGCAGCCGGACUGAGGAGCCACCCUCUCCUGUCCCCAAAGCAUCUGGUUCCACUCUGAACAGUGCGUCUGGCAACUGUCCCAGGACCCAGUCUGAUGAUAGUGAGGAAAGGAGCCUUGAAACCCUCUGUGCCAACCACAACAAUGGACGCUUGCACCCCCGACCCCCUCACCCCCACAACAAUGGGCAGAACUCUGGGGAGCUGGAGACAGUGGUCUACUCUUCUCCAGGACACCCAGACACUGACCAUGAUAACCCAUCCCUGGCAGGGACACUUCUACAUAAAGAUUGUUGUGGGUCUGAAAUGGCCUGUGAGACCCCCAGUGCUGGAAUGAGAGAAGACCCCACUGACCCCUCAGCCAUGGACAGCAGCAAGGGUGUUCAUGACCACAGUGGCCUCAAAAGGCAUCGAAUUGAAUUGGAAGACACAGAUUCAGAGAAUUCCUCUUCAGAGAAGAAAUUAAAAACAUGAUAAAAACAAAGGGAAAACAAAAAGCUACAAAAAGUAGCCUUGCAAAAUAAUUUUUUCUUGUUUAGUGAACACAGAGGAAAGGAAAAAGUAUUAAAGGCACAUAAAACCGGGGCCUGAA